AUGAGUUCGAACGGUUUAAGCUACAGUCGUAGGACUGGUUUCCGUACUGACGAGAACGCCAAACCAAAUCUCAAAGAACAACAAGCACAGUCGACACAGAAACAAUCGUUGCGUGAUAGAAAAGUCCUGGGAGUGAUCUCAAACGGCACUUUGAACACCAGACAAGAUACCAAACAAGUCCAGAAACCAUCUGUCAAACAAACCCAACACAUUGAGGAAAAGGUCCAAGAUGAAGACGAUCAUGAAUAUGAUGUGUCUGGGUUUGUGAUGGAACCGAUGUCACCUUUGAUGAACGACAAAAUUGUUCAAGAAAUCACUCAAGCAUACCUCAAGCACUCAAUAGAUCAUUUAGACCCUACAGAUGAAGACACUUUUGAUGUGUCGAUGGUGGCCGAAUAUGGCAACGAAAUCUUCAACUACCUUCACGAGCUGGAAUACAAGUUUGCGCCUAACCCAAGGUAUGCCGAUGAAGUCCAGAAUGAACUCACGUGGGACCAUCGUUCCACACUGAUGAACUGGCUGGUGCAAUUGCACGGGAGGUUCAACUUACUUCCAGAAACGUUGUUUUUGACUGUCAAUAUCAUUGAUCGAUUCUUGUCGAACAAGACGAUUUCUUUGUCAAGAUUUCAACUAUGUGGAGCCGUUGCUCUGUUCAUUGCCGCAAAAUACGAAGAGAUCAAUGUGCCGACAAUUCAGCAGAUGAUCUACAUGGUUGGAGACCAAUUUACAGUCACCGAGUUCUUGCGUGCUGAGAAGUUCAUGAUCGAAGUGCUCAAGUUUGAGUUUGGCUGGCCAGGACCAAUGUCGUUCCUAAGAAGAGGCUCCAAAGCCGACGAUUACGAUAACGAGGUCAGAACUGUUGCCAAAUACUUUAUCGAAGUGACGAUCAUGGAUCCUCGGUUUGUAGCCUCUGCUCCAAGCUGGCUGGCCGCAGGAGCACAAUUUCUUGCUCGCCGAAUGCUUGGCCGUGGUCGUUGGACAGAUCUGCAUGUGUUUUACACAGGCUACACUGCAGAGCAGUUGGAGCCUUUAGCAGAGGUGCUGGAAGAGUGCUGUCUUCAUGCCUCGGAGCACCACCAGGCGAUCUACGAAAAGUAUUGCGAAAGACGGUUCAAACGCUCGGCAAGAUACGUUCGAGACUAUCUGGAAACUCUCUACAACGAAGAAUGA